CCGAGUCAACACUGACGGUCAAGUCGCCGCCUUCGACUCCUGAACAUUUCUCUCUGUCAUCGUCAUCACUAGCAUUAUUGCGCUUUGUAUAUAACAUUGUCAAAUCAGUCAUCAACUAUACGGUCAUCCUCUCUGCGUAUAUUCUCCCGUCUAUAUUAUAGUUCACGCCCAGGUCCUCCCAACAUUCCAAACCAUGCGUUUCUUUGCCACUGCCGUCGCCGCUCUUUGCGCAGCCGUGGUCGCCGCUCAGAACAAUGCCAUCAGCGUUCCUGCGGGUCAAAGUACUCUAGAUGUCACAGCAGGUCAACCUCUCACCAUCGAAUGGACGAAUCCUUCGAGUGGCACUGUCACGAUCAAGCUGCAGCAAGACCCCAUCACCCCGGACGGCGGUAUCACACUCGCUUCUGGCGUUCCUGCCUCGGACGGAACCGCGACCCUUCAGAUCCCUUCCGCCGCCGAUGUGAACUCUCACCUGUAUACGAUUGAGAUCAUUGACGACACCGAUGCCAGCAACAUCAAUUUCUCCCCCAACUUUGGCGUCCAGGGCGCCACCGGAACUGCUGUCGCAUCCGCUUCCACGGCCUCGAGCACCGGCACCGCCAGCACCGCAUCUGGGUCUUCCACGGCCACCGACUCGACCGCGACGGGUUCCUCAUCGACCGCCUCCAGUGAGUCCUCUGCCAGCACAACGUCUGCUGCGAGCUCAAGCACAGAAUCCUCAUCAGCGACCACCACCACGGACUCGACCAGCUCAUCCACCUCAACCUCGGCUGCGGCCUCUGAGACGACUACCGCCCCAGACUCCAACAGCGGUGCCAUGGGUCUAAAGGUUCAGAGUGGUCUCCUGGCAAUGGCCGUGGGCAUGAUUGCGGUCCUGUAAAAACCCAUAUGGAAUUCUCGUACUGGCAUGACCACCUCCCCUGCAGGCAGCAAUUUUGUGUUCCAAGCAGCAUAUUGUUGUCAACACCCAUGUUGUACAUCUUGGUCCCGCUGCACAUUGGUCUUUCUAUAUAGACUCCUGGAGCUGUACCUCUGGAUGGAUGCGGAUUGUGUAAAAGGCGACUUGUCCUUUCUCUUGAUAUUUCUUCUCUGUACUUAUUUUGGAUCGAGGAAUGAACUGGCUGUUCAGUAGCUGGGACGGGGAGGGAAGGGUGGGCGAAUCAGUAAGUAGGAGGACUGAUUUUCAGCAGGCGACGCGAGUAGGGCAAGGGCAGGCGUGGGUUUGCCUGCUGGGUACAUACUGCUUUUUGGCAAUUAGCAUGCGAAGUUGGAUGUAUAAUUCAUCAACUGCAAAUCAAGCCCUGUCCUUGUGUGAUUCUUGAGAAAGUGCUCUUUUCCUCCUUGGUGAAAGGAUCAACGAAGCACACCAAAAUCGCUCACUGGUUCAAGGGCUCGACUGAAGCUGUACGAGCUCCGGCUGAGACUGAAACGAGAGGAAGCCAGACAGUCUCUGGUCUCAACAGAAAGAAAGAUCUUCCGAUAUAUGGGAAUGCAUGCCAUGUCAAUGUCAACGCUACACAGCAACGCGUACGAGUACUUAUGUCCACUCUCUUUCGGGACAAUCACCUUCCAGUUGCGUUUCAGGCCGCGCAAUCCUUCGUCGGCCAGUCUACUGUACGCUGCAACGUUCCGAGCCUAUGAUGAUCCAUGCACGAACAUCAAGAGCCGGUCGACUGAUAAGAGAGUCGCACAGUAGGGACUUGUGCUACUGUACGCC